AUAGACGAAGAAACUAUAAAGCAAAAGAGGCCAAGAAGAAACACGGUGCUGCAUAUAGCAGCUCUCUACGGAAAUGAUAAGUGUGUGGAAAAGGUACUUCAAAUCGGUGAACACCUUUUGCUAAAAAUAAAUGGUAAUGGUGAUACACCACUGCAUGUUGCUGCAAGAGCUGGCAAAAUCUCUACUCUCGAGAAAUUGGUGGCUGCACUUCUCCAUCGAAAUUCUGAAGAAGCAAAAGAGACAAUCCUUGUAACCAACAAACAAGGAAAUACUUUCUUCCAUGAGGCCUUAUUGAACGGUCACAAAAAUGUUAUGAACAUUCUAGUUUCUUCACCAGCCUUCGAGCAAUUGGCAGAGGAAACUGUUUUUGUUAGUUCAAACAAUAACGACAAAUCAGUUUUGGACUUAGCGAUUGAGAAAGGUUACGAGGACAUUGUUGAUGAUGUAUUGACCAGAAUGAUUCCAACCAAUGAAGGUACUUACAAAAAGCGCAAAAAGCGCAUGGUAGAUUCGGAUAUGCAUAUGGACAAAACAGAAAAUCAAGGCGCCCUACCCGACCUUGCGGCAAUCUUAAAAGACAGAAAAGUCGAAGGGCGCAUGGCACUUAUGGAUAUAGAAAUGGACACAAGAGAUAUAAGCACUCCAACAUUCUCAAAAAAUCAAGGUGCUCGAUCACCAGCCAUUAUGGCUAUCUUAAAAGAGAAUAAAGGUAUUCUAGAGAAAAUAUUAAACAGAAAGAAAGAAUGGAUUCAUGAUAAGGAUGAAAAAGAAAGAAAUGCUCUUCACUAUGCAGCUUCCAAAGGAUAUCUAAAUGGUGUUGAGUGUUUGCUUCAAAAGUGUGAUACCUGCAAUAUGGAAACAGACAGAUAUGGCUUUUAUCCUCUUCAUCUGGCUUCUGCAUGUGGACGUAUUGAAGUAGUAAAGAAAUUGCUUGAAAACUGUCCAAAUCCCAGAGAAAUAAUUGAUAAGAAAGGUCGAAAUAUUGUUCACAUUGCAGCUAUAAUGGGAAAGUUUGAUGUGGUAAGUUAUGUCUUGCACGAUGCAAAUGGAGUUAAAGAUAUGAUAAAUGACAAGGAUUACGAUGGAAACACUCCUUUGCAUUUGGCUGCCUCACAUUACCGUCCAAAAAUUGUGCAAGCCUUGACAUGGGAUACAAGUGUGGAUCUCAAUUGGCUUAACAACAACAACCAAACACCUAUCGAUGCUUUUGAACAAUUUAAACAACAAAAUAAUCCACCUAUCGUACAGGCAAGUAUAUAG